GGCUGCCCAGCGCUCGACGCAACGAUGCUGCGGCGACCGCAAUGAUGCUCGUCGCCCUGCUCCUCGCCACGGCCACAACAGCCAAAGGAGGCCUCAUCGACGCCAUCGGCCGAGAUGUCGGACUCACGAGAUCACAAGAGGUCGACGAGGCCCACGGCGCGCGCAUGCUGCAAGAUGCGAACGAUGGCCGGCCCGACAACUUGUAUUUUGCUGCUCUGUUGCAUUUGUACGGGAAGGGGGGUGUCAGCGAAUCGCCGAAGCAAGCGCUAAUUCAUUUCCGCAGAGCAGCCGAACAGGGCCACGCCGGCGCCAUGGUCGCGCUCGGGACAUUAACAAGAGCGGGCCACGGCAUCGCCAAGGACGAGAAGAGCGCGUUAGCUUGGUUCCGCGAGGCGGCGCGGCGCAAUCAUGCUGAUGGGAUGUGGCUCCUCGGCCAGUCGCUCUUGCAGGGUUCGGGGUGCGACGUGGAUUUCGAUGGAGCCAAGAAGUGGCUGACCGAAGCGGCCCAGCAGGAAAGUUACGAUGCGUUGCACUGGCUCGGGGUCAUGCACGAAUAUGGUCUAGGGCUGGAGAGGGACACAAGAAAAGCACGAGCUUUGUACGAGACGGCGGCUAGUAAUGGCCACGCCAUGGCCGAAUAUCAUUUAGCGCUGAUGCACGCCUACGGGGACCGGCCGGGCACGCCGCAGGACCUGCCGCGGGCGUUGACGCUUUUCCAAAAAGGCGCGGCGCGGAACCACGGCGGGUCCUGCUUUAACCUGGGGCGGAUGACGAUGUACGGCCAGGGGACGCCCGUCGACUACGACGUGGCGCGGUACUGGUUCUCUAGAGCUAUUGCCUGUGUGGAAAUCAAAUUUGCUCGAUAGCGUGGCGGUGCCGGUUCCUCACCGCUCAGUGCGGACACGAUUUAUUUCCACACAGGCCAUCGCCACGAACGACGUCGCGAUCGGUGACGUGGCGCGGACGGCCCUCGAGGAGUUGGAAAAGGGCAUCAAGGAGGCGUCCGACUUCGAGGACGAGCUCUUCGAGGAGUUUGAUCGGAUGAAUCAGCCGCCCGAGAGCGCGUACGCGUGGAUCGACUAAUUUUGAUUGUUGUUAAGACAGACUAGACCUGCGCCCGCCGGCGCGACACCCGUAGCCUUCCUAGCAGCAUUGUUACUCUUGCUAAUCUGGACA